AGCGAGAGCAACAAACUUCACGAAUCGAUUAUUGAAAAAAGAAGCUACGUGGUUUGGCGGUGAUAGUAUCUGGAUUAUUUCCAUGAGGCGACGGAGUGGAGCUACAUGUCACUCUCUUACUCUAUGUCUAUUAUUCUUACUGACGGCGGCGGUGACGGCGGAGCGUGAAAAUAACUCAUCUUCGGCAAGUCUAUUUUGGUCCACUGCCAAAGAAGAGGAGGAUCUGUUGCGUAAGACUGAACCUAACGACGAUUCUUCGGCGCCUUCUGUUGUCAGCGAUCCUGAUCAGCUUGACGGCGGUUUUUCUUCUCUUGAUGGAAUGUUACAGUGGGCCAUAGGUCAUUCUGAUCCAGCUAAGUUGAAGGAAUCCGCGCAAGAUGUCCAGCGUUUAUCUCCUUCUGAGCUCAAGAAGCGUCAAAUGGAAAUAAAGGAACUCAUGGAGAAGUUGAAAAUGCCAUCAGAUGCACAGUUGAUGCAAAUUGCGAUAGAUGAUUUAAAUAAUUCUUCUCUAUCUUUAGAAGAUCGCCACCGUGCAUUGCAGGAGCUUUUGAUUCUUGUUGAGCCCAUAGAUAACGCAAAUGAUCUGAGCAAACUUGGGGGCUUUGCUGUGCUUGUACGAGAGUUUAAUCACCCGGACACAGAUAUAAGGAAAGUUUCUGCAUGGAUUCUUGGGAAAGCCAGUCAAAAUAACCCAUUUGUUCAGAAGCAGGUCCUUGAUCUUGGAGCGCUGUCAAAGCUAAUGAAGAUGGUAAAAUCUAGUUUCGUAGAAGAAGCUGUAAAAGCACUAUAUGCUGUUUCAGCCUUGAUUCGAAAUAAUGUAGCUGGUCAGGAAUUGUUCUAUGCUGAAGCUGGAGAUUUGAUGCUUCAGGACAUACUGAGCAACUCAAGCAUUGACAUCAGACUUCGUAGAAAAGCUGUGUUUCUUGUUGCUGAGUUGGCUGAGUGUCAAUUAGAAAAUAUGCACAAAGUGGAGCUGCCUUUUUUCAGUAAUCGCUUGUUCUUGAAGUCUGUGGUUGAUCUAACAGCAUCAACUGAUCUUGAUCUACAGGAGAAGGCCCUUGUUGCGAUUAAGAAUCUACUGCAACUCAGAACAAUAGAAGCCCUGGUUUUAAAGGACUUUUGUGGUUUGGAUACUGCCUUGGAGAGGUUAAGGCAGCAGCUGCGGGAUUUAAUGCUAGAGGAAUAUCAAAGAGAUUAUGCUAUGGAUUUGGAAGCCCUCCGUAAAGAAGUGGAGCUAGUUUUUCAUACAAGGCUGGGUAUGGGGACAAAGGUUCCAACGUGAUUUGAUGAUGGGCAACUGUACUACGGUGGUUAUAUGAU